AUGGCCGACACAGCUAGGAGGCAAGUAUCUUGCGCGAUCUUUUUUCAAAGUAUUUUCAGAUUAGGAAGUUGCUCGUCUUCGAUCCACUGGGUCCUUUGUCGCAUCAUUGUGUUUUCCUUCGGCGCGGGCGUUCAGGAUAUGCGCGCGGAUUUUUUAUUUUUUUUACCCGUUUCUUUCUUGUCUUUUGUUCCGUUAAUUUAACGAGCUGCUGUUUUUCUCACCUAGGAAAGGCACUGAUCUGACGGUUAGAAUGGCAGGAAAAGUAACUGCAGAGGGAAAUCCGAUUGUUGUUUCUUCGGGAAGUAGCUCGAAGACGACAGUCGGUUCACCAACUGGCGAUGGAGUGCGCGAUGUUCGCGACGACCGUAGUUGGAAAGCUUAUGUUUCACAGAUGGAUUCUACCUUAGCAAAUUCGCUACUGGUGAACGGAGAGGACUUAAGUAUGGCGUCCAAUCUUGGGUUUUUGUACGACUAUUACGAAGUCACCGAGGAGUCAAACCCAGCACCCCCUUCUCCUUCUAAUCAGGGGUACGUUUUUUUACGCCAUGUUUGGUUUAGAUAGUGACACAAAUCCUGUGUAACUCAUCGCAGUGUAAGGGACCGAUCAGAACUGUUUAUCGUUAGCCUUUUUUCAUAUCCCAUGUGGUUAAUAAAACCUGGCGAACCAAAGGGUGGAUUGAUGAAUGUAAGCUUUUAUGCUUGCUUUGAUGUUAAGCUUAUAUAACAUUUAUAGAAGUCGCUGUAGGUUUUUUCCUCUGGAUCAUUAAAACCAGUAGUGUUUUGAUGUGUCAUAAUCAACUGUACGCGUCGAUGGAUCAUGUUUUGACAAAUACUUUUUUGUUGUCAGGAAAAAGGUAUUUACUUUGUGAUCCGUACAUUUAUAUUUUAUGUCCCGCUUUGAUUCAAGAUGUUGGGCCAAGUUCAUGUAGUUUUACUUUUUAUUACAUAAUAUUAUAUGCAUAGGAACAGGAAGCACGCAUCACGAGAGGCAAGUCUCAGUGACACUUACAGACUUAAUAUUUGCCUCUGGAGAUGUUACAAAAUAUAUUUAGUUAAAGUCUUCUCAAGGUCUAUUGAGUUGGACCAUGUGUGCAUUUGUAGAUGACUUAGGUUAUCAUUAGUUCAAACGUUGGAAAGCGCUUUCCCCCAGAUAAAAAUCUGUCCAGUGGAUAACGCAAUGAUAUUGGUCUCCCUAAUACUUAUCCGCUGGAUAGUGAUUUAUCCGGUACAUAGCGCUAUCCAACGUUUGAACAAUGGGGGCUAGGAUGGUAAAGGACCGGAGACGUCAAAACCUUGUGUGACAAGCAUGACAGUAAUUAUGUUUGAAAAAAUGUUCUGUCAAACUUCCUUGUAACAAAUCUUUUUGUAAAAGACCAGAACACAGUCAUGUUAAGUGCAUCCUUGGAGACCCAAGGGCAGUCAGUCGGGCUGGGAGAAAAGGUGCGACAAAAGUUUUCAAGCGCGGGUGGAAGAGCCCCUGGGUACUGACUCUCACCAGACCAUUUCCAAAGGGUCAAGCGAAUGCUGGCUCCUGAUUGGGCACAAAAAUGCUUUGUAUUAUUGUGCCCAAUCAGCAAAUAGCAUCUCCAGAGUUAUUUUCAUGAGUUCGUACACGACAGCUAUUGACUCGAUCACGGCCUGUCUGGUUCAUGCACCAAAGAAAUGAAUGUAGUCAGGAAACUUUCAGUUUGAUAUAAACUCCCCAUUUUAAAGUACUGCCUACCCUAAAACUAAAACAAGAAAAUGUACUUAAGUGUAUUUUUAUUACAACAGGUAUUCACGAUUACGUAAAUAUUAGGGAGUUUAAGAUAUGACGAUAGCUGAUGGCCUCAAAAAUGUCGCUUGAAAAGUGAAUUCGCGUUUUUUCAGUCUCUAUCGUAAUUAUUCCAACAUACUUACUUUGACCUGACUGACUGCCUCUAGGUCUCCGAGGAUAUGUUAAGAGAAGAUCGCAGUGAAACACGCAACUAAUAGCCCUGUCAUGUUAGUUGCACACAGAUUUUCUGCCUUUCUCUUCUUUCUACUGUCCUAUUGGAUAAGUAAACUACAGUGGUAGCUCUCUUAAUGGACACUGUGGUAAACAGAUUGGACAGUUCUACUUAUGGCUGCGUUAACAAAACACUGUUAUUCUCAACUCCCAUACAAACUCUAUAUUUUUACAUUCACCAGUUAUGGACACUUUUUGCGUGUUCCAAGGGUGUCUGCUUACGAGAGCUCCCACUGCACAAUUAAAGCAGACCUCUUGCAUACACUAGCCUUGGGCUAUAGGACAUGACUUUCUUUGCGUGCGGCCGCUUUUUUUUGUUUAUCUAUACUGACCAAGAGCCUGGCACAGGCCACAUUAAGGUUGCCCUCAAAGUACAAGGCAGAUGAGGUAGUCUGCUUCCCAGAGGCUCAUACAAUCUAUAUUGGAACUGUAUAUUCCUAUAGUACAUCUGGGGGGAACGGUGGACAGGCAAAUUCAUCAGCUGGAAACAAUCACUCUCAAGGAGCAAACAGUGAUUCUGAUUCUGGGAGUCCAUCACAAUCUGAGGUAAGCCAUUAGAAAUCAGCUUGGGAAGCUCUUCAGGUUCUUCCAUGGGCCCAAACAAGAAGGUCACAUCAUGCUGAUCACUGCAUCCUAUGCAAAGAGUGCAAACUAAGAUUAGUCAUGACAAGGGGCCAUAAAAGAAUAACUAAAGCUACAGUGUGCGGUGUGUAUUUUUUCAAACCGUGUUAAAGGGGUUGUGUCACGGCAGUCCAGUUUAUUUUGUUUAAUUUUGCCAAUUACUCGCCCUCAAUUGCUAUGGAACUUAAGGAGUAAGCAAAGAAAUUACAUGUAAAUGACAAAAUCAGAGAUCUGAGACAAACAAAUAUGUCUCCUCAGCGUUAUUUUUGAAGUUGCAAGAGGCAGGGAUCAACUUUGAAAAACUUUUAGGCUGAACAGUUUUGCAAAAACCCUAAUUUCAAUCUGUUUCAAUCUUCUUCCGUUUUGCCCAUCCAUGGCAUCUGUUGUUUCUGUUAUGUUAUUUUAACCUUCCUGUAAAAAUUUAAGCAGUUAUUUUUAUGUUUCUCUUAAUUUAACGGGCGUUUUGUAAUUUCCUAAUUUGGCUGAAUUUCGUGACACAUUUCCUUAUAAUUUGACAUCUUUCAUAAUGUUAACAAGGCUGUGCUCUAGUAACACCCGGUGGCCCAUGGUGCCUAACUUUUGCUCCUGGGUGACUAGAAAAUUUAAGAGUCAGUUAUUUAAAUGUGGCUAAAUGUAAUUUAGGCAAAGUUAACCUCGAAGCAAUGCUGGUCAGCUGUUUCCCCAGCUAUAGUAGGGGUGGCCCGAUGCCUCUAGCAGAGGCACCUCGUGACUUAUAUACGCAGUUGCUUGCUUGCAGUUCUUCGCAAACUGUUGUCGCAAUUGCUUGCUUUUUGCGUGCCAGUUUGUGCUUUGGUUUUUCCCAUCCCUCCCUCCCUCUUGGCGUGGGCUAGGUAAGUAUUGGGUCAGUAAGUAUUCCACUGAAUUGUUCAGUGUGACGGUGCCUGGUGGGGGCCACUCGCAGGGUUGCCAUGGAUACCUCCUCCUCAUGCUAGAGCAUUGCCCGGCUCCACCAACUUUGUAGGCCCAAUGCCCAAGCUCAUCUAUUGGUGAUGAGUUUAAAUGAUGUCUAACUUAGGCCGUGGCUUAGAAAAUCUUUGGACCUCCAGAUCUCAUCCUUAGUAGUUUAUUUUAAGAGAAAUGUUUUUCUAUUCUACGCCUUAUGCCUUCAAGCAACUUUUCAUGAUAAAUGGUGUUAAGAUGAAAGCAUAAGGUAAACUGAAAAUGGCUUAGAACAUGUUUUUGGUAAACACUGGCUAAAAUAACUGGCCCUAAGUUUUUUCAUAGAAGUAAUACACAGGGCACCUUGGAUUUCACAGUUUCAGAGCAUUGGGCUCCCUUCAAUUUUUCUUAGAGUGCAGCCCUGGUUAACUAACUGUCCCUGUUCAUUCAAUUAUUUAUUUAUAAGCAUUUACUAUCUGCUUUCCUCAGCAAGCCACUCUUAGUUUUCUGCAAGCAGUACAGCAAAUUAAAAGCCCAAAGCAUAGGUAAGAGUUCAGAGGUUUCUUGUGUAUUGUACUUGUGCAAAGGUCUAGCUAAUGCUUGUCAAUGUUGUCAACCUGGAACUAACAUUAAUAGCUGUUCUGUUGAGAUGAGAGAAGCUUAUUGGUAGUGAGCAAGCUCUCUGUUAGACAGCAAUUAAACAAACAAGUGUUCAAUGAACUGGCUCACAUGCAAAACCCAGCAGGGAAAUGUAUAAUGAUAGAUCAUUCUUAGCUGUGUUUUUGAGUGACUGUCCAUCUUUUGUUAUUUCAGUGCAUCAUCAGUCCAAAGUGACCAUGGCAACCACCAUGUUACUCCUAAACAAGAAAAAAUCCCGUCAAACAUAAAGGUACUUAAAUGUGUAAUGUUUUAUUAUUUUUAUUAGUGAUGCGAUAAAACUUUUCCUGGUUGUAGUUGUGCUUAUUUUCAUUGGUGUUUUGUACGUAGCAUUUCACUUCUAUUUGUUUUUUAAAUUUUCUUUUCUUUAGGCCAUUGCUAUAGGGCAACAAAUUAAAGUACAGCCAAGGUAAAAUUAUUUACACUAUGUUAGUAUUUGUUGUUGAGACUGUAGCAGAAGAUUUUUAUUUGUCUUAGGUGUGGUCAAUUUGUUGUCAGUUUUGUGUAAAUCUUCCGUUAUUUUUGCUCAGUCACACAUUAACAUACAUAGAAACAGAGGAAAACAAAAAAUUGAACCAGUCAUGAAUAAUUUGGACAUCAACAUUAACCACCCAAGAUAUUAGAGAUCUUAAGAUACACCGUUUUCAUGCACGGGUAUGGGUAAAUUAACAGUAUGCAUAGCCAUGAAUUAUAUGGGUAGGUUGCCUGUUACCGCAGAGAAACGGUAGGCUACCAGGUAGAAUGGUAACACCAUUAUCACAUCUGAAAAAUAAUGGUUGCCUUUCAUUUUACCAUGUGGCAAAGAUGGUUGCCUACCCGUACCCUUAGGCAGAAACGUUGCAUCUUCAGGUCACUAUUAUCAAGGUAAAGAGUCCCACUCACACAGUAAUGAGAAGAACUAACAUGUUAGAAGGGAGGAAAAUUAACGAAACUGCAUCUAUAACAUACUGUAUUCAAAUCACUUGAGAUUGACUAGCCUAAGAAAACAGCCAACAUUUUGCAACUUCACCACUGGUUUCCAUGCAAAAUGACAUCUGAGGAACAAACGCAGAAAUUCCAUACUGAUGAGGUGUCACUACCCAGGAGCACAUUUUGGUGGGUUUAACUUGCCACCCCAAUGCUCCUGCUUCACUGUUAAAAAUCGUGUGCUAUUUUUUCACUCUUUUUUUUUCAACAGUACGUCUAGUUGUAGUCAUGCACCCAUUUCCAUUGGACGUCCGUCUUCGUACCCACCUUCCACAAAAGGAAACCCACAAGUUAGUGAUGUGUCGCCACUUUCUCUCAGUACCACACCUCCCGAGGUUAGUAUUGGUAUACACCAGGAGCCAAUAACCUCUACAGUAGCAAUAAAUUUCCAAGUACUUGUGAGACUCUGCAUGGGUAUUUCCAAGGAAAUCAAAGUCCAAGUGAUCAUUGUUGAUGAGAGGAUGAUCAUAGAUAUUACGCCAACAAUUGCAUUGCCUGUCUGAUCAAGUUUGACAAUGUUAAUGAUGUGCGACGACAGCAAAGAAAUGUACAAAAAGUGUGCUGCACAUUCAAAGUAUUUGUUUUGCUAUUAAAUCAGUUACUUUCUUUAUAUUCUUGUUUUCAUGAUCAUCAUGACAUUGUGGUUGUGCAGGCUCACUAGUAGCAGUCAAUCUACCACAUAUAACAAUAAAUUUUUGGUAUUCAACAACUUUGUAGAAAAACCAAUGAUUUGAUGGAAAAUGCCAGGUCUCCUUAGAGAGGUUCACCUGUGUCACGGCAUAAUCACCAACCAUUUUUGUUAGAAUGAUUUUGGUCCAAAUUUAGAACAUGUGUUAGGUCUCACAAACCUGUCAGCAAAACAUACAGGCCUGAAAAUGGUAUUUGUUUGACCUUUUAAUGGCUGUAAGUUUUCCUUUGUGAUAUCUUUUACUUGCAAUGCACUCAUAGAGAGAGCAGAGCUUCAAUUUCUGAGGGAAAAAGUGCUCUAAAAUGAAUGAAAAAAGAAAGUGAUCGUAAAAAUGCCAUAACAUCAGCUUAGUAUGGGAGUUGCUCUCUCUUGGUCAUUAUGUGCUCUUCGUACAUACGGUGUACUAGAAACUUAUCAAUAUUGGUGACAAAUUGAAUGUCAUCCACUUUUACCAAUUUUCCAACCACCAGUUGCAUUGUUUGUUUGUAAGUUUAUCCUAGAAUUCUUUGUGAUGUUUGUUCAUUUUUUGUUUACAGGCUUUUAACUUCUCUCCGUACACCCAAUCGCUGAAAUCCACACCUACAGUUUUCUCAGCUCAAGACAAGUAUGUGUGACUCCUAUCAUUGUGUUUUCUAAUUCUCCUUUCCUAGUUGCUCCUGGAAUCAUUUUUACUCAAACUUUAGGAUAAUUACUGGGCUUACUUUUAAGAGACAUAUAUAUUUUUAACCUUGCAAAAAGAGGUCAAAUUAAUAUGCUUAAUGAGUGAACAGCCACUACAUCGUAUAGCUAUAUACUGCAAAUAUUAUUUGCUCACUCAUAAGCAAGAACUUUUUGAAAAAGACAUUUGAGUGCAUAAAAUACAUAGUUACUAUGAAUGACAUUAUCCCGGUACCUUGAUUUAGGUAUACGUUCAUACUCGAAGCUCCUACGUCUAUAAUUCAAAGAAGAGGGGAUGACACUCUAACAUAUCUAAACAAAGGUAUGGCUUGAUCAGAAUGCUUAUAAUGUUCAUUAACCUUACAGAGUUUUUAUUUACCCUCUUAACUCCUUGUUCAGUGUUAUGCUUAACUUUUUUCUUUGAAUUUGUUUAACUAUUAUAUUUUCUCUCUUGUUUAGGACAAUUUUAUGCCAUAGGUUUUGAGGGAAAUGUAGAUCCUCCUUCCACAGAUGGUGAAAUUCAGAGAGUCAAGGUACAACAUUGUUGUUCCACAAGAAGCUUAGAAUUUUUUUUCAAGUUUUUGGAAGCUACAGUAAUGAAGAGAAUUCAGUAAAUGAAAAAAAAAGUAGAUGUAACUUAUAGUAAGAGAAUAAAUUAAUGUCAAUUUAUUAUUGUUAGCGUUUUGUAUUCUAUACAACACAGGUGUGUUAUGGAGUCUCUAAAUCUGUACAGUGCACCAAGCAAAAUCAAAAAUGACCUGAAAUGGCCUUGCAAAAUCACCUUUGUUUGUCCAUCAUAUUGGUCUCAUACUGUUAUAGUUCUGACUGAUUGCAGUGUCUGAAGUUAAAAAGUUUCAAGACUGCAUUGACCACAUAAUUUUUCUUUUACAUUCCCACAGUCAUAUGUUCACUUGGUUUUCCGAGACGAGAAAGAUCCAAGAACAGAGUGUGAACACUGGCAAUACUGGCACAGUCAGCAACCAAAUCCUCAACAGCGCGCAUUAAUACACAGGGCACCUUGGAUUUCACAGUUUCAGAGCAUUGGGCUCCCUUCAAUUUUUCUUAGAGUGCAGCCCUGGUUAACUAACUGUCCCUGUUCAUUCAAUUAUUUAUUUAUAAGCAUUUACUAUCUGCUUUCCUCAGCAAGCCACUCUUAGUUUUCUGCAAGCAGUACAGCAAAUUAAAAGCCCAAAGCAUAGGUAAGAGUUCAGAGGUUUCUUGUGUAUUGUACUUGUGCAAAGGUCUAGCUAAUGCUUGUCAAUGUUGUCAACCUGGAACUAACAUUAAUAGCUGUUCUGUUGAGAUGAGAGAAGCUUAUUGGUAGUGAGCAAGCUCUCUGUUAGACAGCAAUUAAACAAACAAGUGUUCAAUGAACUGGCUCACAUGCAAAACCCAGCAGGGAAAUGUAUAAUGAUAGAUCAUUCUUAGCUGUGUUUUUGAGUGACUGUCCAUCUUUUGUUAUUUCAGUGCAUCAUCAGUCCAAAGUGACCAUGGCAACCACCAUGUUACUCCUAAACAAGAAAAAAUCCCGUCAAACAUAAAGGUACUUAAAUGUGUAAUGUUUUAUUGUUUUUAUUAGUGAUGCGAUAAAACUUUUCCUGGUUGUAGUUGUGCUUAUUUUCAUUGGUGUUUUGUACGUAGCAUUUCACUUCUAUUUGUUUUUUAAAUUUUCUUUUCUUUAGGCCAUUGCUAUAGGGCAACAAAUUAAAGUACAGCCAAGGUAAAAUUAUUUACACUAUGUUAGUAUUUGUUGUUGAGACUGUAGCAGAAGAUUUUUAUUUGUCUUAGGUGUGGUCAAUUUGUUGUCAGUUUUGUGUAAAUCUUCCGUUAUUUUUGCUCAGUCACACAUUAACAUACAUAGAAACAGAGGAAAACAAAAAAUUGAACCAGUCAUGAAUAAUUUGGACAUCAACAUUAACCACCCAAGAUAUUAGAGAUCUUAAGAUACACCGUUUUCAUGCACGGGUAUGGGUAAAUUAACAGUAUGCAUAGCCAUGAAUUAUAUGGGUAGGUUGCCUGUUACCGCAGAGAAACGGUAGGCUACCAGGUAGAAUGGUAACACCAUUAUCACAUCUGAAAAAUAAUGGUUGCCUUUCAUUUUACCAUGUGGCAAAGAUGGUUGCCUACCCGUACCCUUAGGCAGAAACGUUGCAUCUUCAGGUCACUAUUAUCAAGGUAAAGAGUCCCACUCACACAGUAAUGAGAAGAACUAACAUGUUAGAAGGGAGGAAAAUUAACGAAACUGCAUCUAUAACAUACUGUAUUCAAAUCACUUGAGAUUGACUAGCCUAAGAAAACAGCCAACAUUUUGCAACUUCACCACUGGUUUCCAUGCAAAAUGACAUCUGAGGAACAAACGCAGAAAUUCCAUACUGAUGAGGUGUCACUACCCAGGAGCACAUUUUGGUGGGUUUAACUUGCCACCCCAAUGCUCCUGCUUCACUGUUAAAAAUCGUGUGCUAUUUUUUCACUCUUUUUUUUUCAACAGUACGUCUAGUUGUAGUCAUGCACCCAUUUCCAUUGGACGUCCGUCUUCGUACCCACCUUCCACAAAAGGAAACCCACAAGUUAGUGAUGUGUCGCCACUUUCUCUCAGUACCACACCUCCCGAGGUUAGUAUUGGUAUACACCAGGAGCCAAUAACCUCUACAGUAGCAAUAAAUUUCCAAGUACUUGUGAGACUCUGCAUGGGUAUUUCCAAGGAAAUCAAAGUCCAAGUGAUCAUUGUUGAUGAGAGGAUGAUCAUAGAUAUUACGCCAACAAUUGCAUUGCCUGUCUGAUCAAGUUUGACAAUGUUAAUGAUGUGCGACGACAGCAAAGAAAUGUACAAAAAGUGUGCUGCACAUUCAAAGUAUUUGUUUUGCUAUUAAAUCAGUUACUUUCUUUAUAUUCUUGUUUUCAUGAUCAUCAUGACAUUGUGGUUGUGCAGGCUCACUAGUAGCAGUCAAUCUACCACAUAUAACAAUAAAUUUUUGGUAUUCAACAACUUUGUAGAAAAACCAAUGAUUUGAUGGAAAAUGCCAGGUCUCCUUAGAGAGGUUCACCUGUGUCACGGCAUAAUCACCAACCAUUUUUGUUAGAAUGAUUUUGGUCCAAAUUUAGAACAUGUGUUAGGUCUCACAAACCUGUCAGCAAAACAUACAGGCCUGAAAAUGGUAUUUGUUUGACCUUUUAAUGGCUGUAAGUUUUCCUUUGUGAUAUCUUUUACUUGCAAUGCACUCAUAGAGAGAGCAGAGCUUCAAUUUCUGAGGGAAAAAGUGCUCUAAAAUGAAUGAAAAAAGAAAGUGAUCGUAAAAAUGCCAUAACAUCAGCUUAGUAUGGGAGUUGCUCUCUCUUGGUCAUUAUGUGCUCUUCGUACAUACGGUGUACUAGAAACUUAUCAAUAUUGGUGACAAAUUGAAUGUCAUCCACUUUUACCAAUUUUCCAACCACCAGUUGCAUUGUUUGUUUGUAAGUUUAUCCUAGAAUUCUUUGUGAUGUUUGUUCAUUUUUUGUUUACAGGCUUUUAACUUCUCUCCGUACACCCAAUCGCUGAAAUCCACACCUACAGUUUUCUCAGCUCAAGACAAGUAUGUGUGACUCCUAUCAUUGUGUUUUCUAAUUCUCCUUUCCUAGUUGCUCCUGGAAUCAUUUUUACUCAAACUUUAGGAUAAUUACUGGGCUUACUUUUAAGAGACAUAUAUAUUUUUAACCUUGCAAAAAGAGGUCAAAUUAAUAUGCUUAAUGAGUGAACAGCCACUACAUCGUAUAGCUAUAUACUGCAAAUAUUAUUUGCUCACUCAUAAGCAAGAACUUUUUGAAAAAGACAUUUGAGUGCAUAAAAUACAUAGUUACUAUGAAUGACAUUAUCCCGGUACCUUGAUUUAGGUAUACGUUCAUACUCGAAGCUCCUACGUCUAUAAUUCAAAGAAGAGGGGAUGACACUCUAACAUAUCUAAACAAAGGUAUGGCUUGAUCAGAAUGCUUAUAAUGUUCAUUAACCUUACAGAGUUUUUAUUUACCCUCUUAACUCCUUGUUCAGUGUUAUGCUUAACUUUUUUCUUUGAAUUUGUUUAACUAUUAUAUUUUCUCUCUUGUUUAGGACAAUUUUAUGCCAUAGGUUUUGAGGGAAAUGUAGAUCCUCCUUCCACAGAUGGUGAAAUUCAGAGAGUCAAGGUACAACAUUGUUGUUCCACAAGAAGCUUAGAAUUUUUUUUCAAGUUUUUGGAAGCUACAGUAAUGAAGAGAAUUCAGUAAAUGAAAAAAAAAGUAGAUGUAACUUAUAGUAAGAGAAUAAAUUAAUGUCAAUUUAUUAUUGUUAGCGUUUUGUAUUCUAUACAACACAGGUGUGUUAUGGAGUCUCUAAAUCUGUACAGUGCACCAAGCAAAAUCAAAAAUGACCUGAAAUGGCCUUGCAAAAUCACCUUUGUUUGUCCAUCAUAUUGGUCUCAUACUGUUAUAGUUCUGACUGAUUGCAGUGUCUGAAGUUAAAAAGUUUCAAGACUGCAUUGACCACAUAAUUUUUCUUUUACAUUCCCACAGUCAUAUGUUCACUUGGUUUUCCGAGACGAGAAAGAUCCAAGAACAGAGUGUGAACACUGGCAAUACUGGCACAGUCAGCAACCAAAUCCUCAACAGCGCGCAUUUGAUAUUGGUAAGAUAAUGCUAGAAAUACAUAUCUCGCAAACCCUUGCAGUGUCCUCUGUAAAACAUUGUUGCCUUGGAGGUGUAAUGCCAAAAGCAUUUCUUGAUCACCGAAAUGGUCACAAAAACAGUCACAACAAUGGCCAGCAAGUUUGUCCCUUGAUGAAAUUAUAGUGGACACUGAGAGAUAUAUCAAAAUAUAUAUGGGCCAAGUUUGCAUACUGCUUUAAUCCAUGUGCUGCACAUACAACAAAUUUAUGAACCUUUGCUUGUCAAAGAAAUAUUCUCUUGCCCUGAAUCAAAUGAGACAGUAGUGUCAUUUUCAUAUUGUGUAAAACCUUGCAUGUAACAAUCUUUAAAUUAUUUGUUAUUGCAUCUUAUUACUCGUGAAUAUCAGAAAUAAUUAUCCUUUUCAAUAGUUUUUUUUCUGCAUGAGUUGUCAUUAAGGUCGCUUCAUUCCUUAUCUGGAUAUGUUGUCAUGUGACAAAUGACUGAUUAAUGUCCAUUAUCUUGUUAUAAUUUGUAACCUAGUUAACUGUUUUACUACCUGACUUGAAAUUCCUCCUUCAGAUCGAAAGUCAUGCCAGAAUAUUGAAGAAAAUAUAGACGAGAUAUCUUACAAUGCUGCUGGGUUUACAUGGAGCCCUCACCUGAAUGCAAAGAUAGUAAUCAGAAUCAACUGCUUGAGUACAGAUUUCUCCUCACAGAAGGGUGUCAAGGUUAGAAAUUCACCUUUUGAUUUGUUUUUUUGUCAUUUUGAGGUUCAUUGUAAUGUCGCAUACCUGGGUUGGUAUACAUUGUAAAAGCAAUAAAGUUACAAAUACACUGAAACCUGUAUGAAGCAGACACGUGCACAAACCUUUGCUAGUGUAUAUGUUAGUUGUAGUUUUUCAAAUCGCUGUACCUAACUAACAGUAUGGAUCCAUGCACCAUUUCAUCAUAACCAAUUCCACGUUAAUUUUUCUCUUUGAGCAACAAGUGAAAUGUUUCCAAUGCAUAGAUCUACAUCUAACGAAGACAGAACUUUGAGUUUCCAUUCCACUAAAAGUCCUUUAGUUAUAGCUCCAAAAUAGGAUAUCAUAGCGUAAUAUGUCAAUUUGCUGACAGUUUAAUACACCAUGAUAUUUGCGCAUCCUUUUAUAUUUCCAGCAGGUUAAAUAAUGUCAAAGUCCAACAAUCAUGUGUCAUUGAAUGAUAGCAUAAUUAAUUAUGUACUUUGUAGUGUCCACUUGUCAAUCAAGGCUCUUCUAGUUACAUACACUAUGCUGAAAUGGGGCUUACAAGGCUAGUUUUUUCUGAGUAAUAAUAGUUGUGCAUUGUUUUCUUGGUAGGGCAUCCCUCUUCAUCUCCAGAUUGACACUUAUGAAGACAUAAACAACCCUGAUGCUGAACCAAUUCACAGGGCUUUCUGUCAGAUUAAAGUAUUUCGAGACAAAGUAAGUACUGAAAACAGAGAUGCCAACCUCUGGAGAUCUGAAAUCUGGACAAUUUCCCUUUUGAAUGUGGCUAAAGACUAAACUAAUGCACAGAAAAGUACAAAAGUCAACUUUAUCCGUGAGGUUAAUAACAAUAAUAAUAAUAAUAUAUACUAAUAAUAAUAAAACUUUUUUUAUUGAGGGUAGCACUUAAGGUAUCAGCCACCCUUAAAAUUGCCAUUUUUCCAUAUUUGAGGUUUCAACGUUUUCAAAUAGAUAUGCGUGAGAGCUUUCUUUUAAAAAAAAAUCAGAAGCAAAUAUUAUUUCUGUCGAAAGAUAUCGGGGGUAAAAGAUUUUUUCUCGUUAAUUAUCUUAAUUGAUCGUUAACAAGAUCUGUCAUACCCGUGUCAUAUAUCAAUUAACUUGCCUGUGAACUAGUAACGUGAUACCGAGUGCGUGCUUCGACACAACACGUGCGAAUUGUCUUCGCGUUGUUUAUAGCCUUUAGUAUUCUCCGUGGAUAUUUAGCGUUUGUUUCGGUGAAAAUGCCGCCAAAAAAAAGAAAAGGUCGUGCCCGUUUUCGUCAUCGAAACCGAGAACGAAAAAGAAAUCGAGGAGCGAGUUUGACAAAGAAUGGGCCGCAAAAUUGGCAGAGAGCGACAAAGGCUCAUUUUAUCAGCAAGAGAAGUGGCUCGAGGAGUUGGAUAUUCAGAAAAGCGAAAAUGCUGCAGUUGCUGAGAGUGCAAGCCGCUCCAAAAUCCAGCUUGAACAACCAGAUGAAGAAAGCCAAUUAAGCUCAUCGACCCCAUCUGCUGAUGGAACGUGGAAAACAAUAAGCGGUCGAGCUAUCGUAUUGAGCGAAAAGCUGCUUGAGAAACUGGACGAGUCUGUAUCUUGUCGAUUUUGCCAGGGAAGAGUCCAAGUCAUGGAAAAUGUAGCGACUAAGCAUGGACUUGGUUCUACCUGGAGAAUCCAGUGCGAGAAUGAAAGCUGGCCGUCGCACAAGACAAAUUCUGUUUUUAAUUCUUCCGAGAAGAGCAGAGCGUUUGAAAAACCGGGCCUCAGUUCUUGGCCUUCGAGCAAUCGGUGGUGGGCAUUCGGCGUCUUCAAAGUUUUUUAGUUUCCUUGGCCUGGCGCUCGAGAAAGAAUUAAACCGUGCUUCUCGUGGUGUAAAAGAGUGGAAGUUUUCCAACGGAGAAUUAAACUGUUCACUUGAAGAUGUUGAUAGCAAUAAAAAGUUUGUUCCUGUUACAUGUUACCUGUCAAAGUCCUAUUGUUAGAGAAAAUUGAUCCCUCUCUGAUAUCAAUCAGAAUAAACAUUUAGGUGUUAUAAUCUCAUUCCAGGUAGGAUGCCGCCAAAAAUGUAUUUUCUAUUUUAUCUCAGAACGCAAAUUUUGCUGAUCGACUCGUACGUUUUGAACUCCAAGUCGGCAGCCUUUCAAUCAAUUUGGCUAAAAUUUGGCCAGAGUGUUGCCAUAUAUCUCUUCUACAAAACCGUGUCUGCGAAUUUAAUACUCCUUUUCAUUUUAAAGCUAGAGCUUUUUUUACACAGAGAGUGUUGACUAAUUGCCUUCCCCAACUUCAUUUGCUAAUAAAAGAAAAACAAACGCACUUGUCAAAAAUCUGAGACACGGUUUUUUAGUGGAACAUGUUGAGAAGCGAAUGUGGUGUUAAUUGUUUUCUUCCGUUUAUUUCCGACGGGAGUGGAACAUGAUUUAUAGAGACGUGUACUUUUACACAAAGCGUUCCAAUUUCGAAACACAUUUAAGUAAAUCGUUUUUGUUAGUUCAAAUCCAUAAUCUGGAAUUAUGAAGCUUUUAAAAUAUAUGGUUUAUAGGGGUUUUUAUAAAAACAACUAACUCUACAGCGAUCCGCGCGCGGACUGUCCUGAAGGGUGGCUGAUACCUUAAUAUCUCGCGAUAAUCAAAACAUCAUCGCCCUUAGAAUAAAUAAAUAAAUAAUAAAAUAAAAUAAAAAAUGCAAUAAUCUACCAAAAAGCUAUGAUUAACUAAGGAACUAACUAAGAAAUUGCUAAGGAUUGUUCAUUACAAUUUGCAAACUUCAAUUCGCUUAAGUUUGUUUUUGAAAGAUGUCAAGGUAGAGCAGUCUUAAAACUCCUCAGGAAGUCUGUUCCACAAGCUUGCAGCACCGAACAUAAAUGACCACUGUCUGUAGGUUUGGCGACCCAUAUGGGAGUGGAACAUCUGGGCUCUUUACAGGAGGAUCCUGGUUAAUCUGGGAGAGUUGGCAUAAAAUGUAUUAAGUUAUCAUCAAAUAACAACAUACUCAUUGAGAAUAAGGUACAUUUUUGUGUCCAUGUAAAAAUGCUGCUGUUAUUCUUACAGGGUGCAGAACGAAAGAACAAAGAUGAGUCAAAAAGUGCAGAAAAGAGAAUUCAGAAAUGGGUGAAACAAAAUACAUCUGCUUGUGCUGGUGAGUGUUUAUCUGAGAGUUUUUAUUUUCCAUGCCAAUGCUUGAUCAAGCUGUAACCAAUGCUUCACUGGUUGGCGUCUUUGUUUUUAAUUGUGGUGUGUUUUACAUGUAAGUGUUUUGUUGUGUCAUCCUGCAUUUUAAGGAAUUGCAGUUUUUGAACACUUGUUGCCACUUUAUUAAUUUGGUGUCAAAAGUUCCCUCUUUAUAAUAAUUGAAUGAUAUCUUUUCAGAUCCCAACAUGGUUUCACCUACAACUCUGUUUCAUCCUCCAAGUAAAUACACCCAGCUUCAAACAACAACCCCAUUAGGACCCAAGCCAGUUCUGUUUACACCAGCUGUACACAAUGUACAUGUGAGUAAAUUUACAGAAUGGUACACUGUAGAUCUUGAACCAGUAACCGAAGACAUUUGAUCAUGGCAAUGAAAACUUUAGACAGGUGGCGCAAAGGAAAUUGUACAAAAGUGAUUAUGACACACUCAGAUUUAAUGAUCUGUGUGAUCCAUGUCAGAGUGACAAAUUGAUCACCAAAACUUAGGUAUAGUCCUUUCUGCAUUUUUUCGCAUGAAUUCUCAUUUGACAUUUUAUUGCCUUUGCUAAAUAGGCCUAGGUAUUUGUGCCACGUUGUAGCUGACAGUGCUGUGAAAUUAUGUAUAAUAUGCAAAAAUUAUACAAAGUGCAUUCAAAGUAUGAAAUGGAAUGAAGAAAUGAUUCUUGCAUCUAUAAAUGUAACAGGAUGUCAACAGGAUUCAAUCAUUCAUUCGCGAUCAUUGUAUUAGUAAUAUUACUUUUAAUCCCAAGACUUUGAAUCAGUUUACUUGUAGUACUGAUUUUCAAUUUAUGUCGUCACCUUCUUCCUCAUCGCCUUUUCCUCUUUGCUUACAGGGAGGAUUUGAAGAAUCAUCUCUGCAGACUUUGUCCCUUCUGGCAUCAAUUAAGUAAGUGUUUUCUCGUGAAUAUGAAUACCGGUAGCUUUUGAGUUACUUAUGGACAAUAUUAUUGCUUAGUAUGUCAAUUACUAGAGUUGUGACAAUGUCGUGUUGCCUAAUUUAGGGAUCGAGAAAAUAAAAGGACACUGCAAUCACAUCUUGUCAUGGCAAAGGUAUUUUGAGAACUUGUAAAUUAUGUCUCUUCCUACAAGUAGUGUUAUAUGAUAUUUUGAAGUUUCUUAAUAUGCCUGUUAUUCCCUUCACUUCGCAGGAUGAGCUUGCUGAUUUAGAGGUUGUUCCCAGGGUAAAAGUUCAGAAAAUCCACAGACCCAAUAGACCAGGUUAGAGACAAAAUAUUUCUUGUGCCAAAGUGUUUCACUUCUCUCAGGAAAAAUGUAUUGAGAAAAAACAGGGUGCAAAGAAAGUCAAAUGCAAUGUGACACUUGUUUCUGCCGAUGUCACUUCUGUUAGAUCAACUUGCAAAACAGCUUUCCGUCCACGUGAAAUUAUUAGGAAUGUCAAUUUUUCUGACAGUUCUUAAUAUGUAAUUUAAUUUCCAAGAAAACUUACUGGCUGGUGGGUGGAAUUCACUAGCCUGGUUAUAAGAUCCACUAGAGUCGGGCUAUCGGGCACGACUUUCUGGUUAUUCCUGCAUGCAGAAUAACCAUCCAUAUAAAAAUCCCAGUAGCACUGGACAUCCUAGUACUAAAAAAUCUAACUCUGGUGUUUCAUUCCUUCCACAGCUGUUACCAUCUAUGUGAAGAAAGAAGAAGAAAAAGUGUACAAUGCAUUGAUGCUGGACAGCUUGACAGUCGGCGAUAUGGUUGAGGCAGUAUGUUCUUUUUUCUUAUCAUACCCAAUAUUCAUUGCAAACAUCAGUAAAUAUUUAUACUUGUCCCUGUUUUCUGCUUCUUAUCUAUAUUUUGGUCUUCUGAGUGAUUGUUGUUGGCGCUGAUCGAGUAAGAACAUUUUCAAUUUUUUUUUCUUUUUAGGUUGCUAGUAAAUAUGGCAUGCCACCUGAAAUGAUCAAGAAUGUGUAUAAAAAGACAAAGAAGGGGUAAGCUAUUAAGCAGUGAUGCCAAUGCACGUUUUCUUUAUUGUUCCCCAUAAAUUUCUUUUGACCCUUGUUUUGAGAACUUGCAUACAUGUAUGCUUAUAUAAUACAGUCAUUGUAAAAAGUACAAAAUGUAGUUAUAUCCACUGAAAUGUCAAUUGAAUUUUAAUAACACCUUUAAAAAAUUGAAAAGCUGACAUCUUAAGCUUGCGUUUGGUUGCAAAUUUUUGCGUUUCAGUCAUUCCCCCAUUAACACAGUACCUAUUUAUACAUCUAUAUCAUGACGAAAAAUGGACAUUAAAUCCUAGGAUUUUUAUGAUCAGUGCAUUUCUACCAUUUACAGUGUUUCAAUAAUAAUUAUGCUUAUCAUGUUAUCCAGAAAGAAAACAAAAAAAGAAUUAUAAAUGCAUUUGUGUUUGAAAUAUUCACCUUAGUUUUUUCCCUUUCUUUCAGUAUCCUUGUGAACAUGGAUGAUCGAAUGAUUGAACAGUUUGUCGACGAAGAUGAUUUCAUCAUAAACUUGGAUUUUGACAAUCAGCUUGGGCAUUUUGAGUUAACUCUUCAGUAUUGAAAUCACCCCAUACCAUCAAAAGCCAAAAACUAUAUUAUAUAUAAAUAUUUUUUUCUUUGCUCCAACAUUCUUAAUGUAUUCUUUCUUUCAAUCUUUAAGCUUUACACGUGUGAAGUGAAAGUAUAACAUGUAGGAUUAUUACCGGUACGUUAUUUAAUAUCUUCUUGGCAUAUGGGAACCUGUAAAACCCCACUUCUUCAAGUUAACCCUUUUAAAACAUACAGGAAAAAUGCUUUAUUUCUCUUUUGUAAAGUAUUGAAAGACAAAUAGUGUCAUGUCAAAGUACUGCUGAAGAAGUCUCAUUUGAAUGGUCACACCAGUCCACAAACAUAAAGUUAGAACCACAUACAAAACAAUUGACCGUGUAAAAGUACUGUUACAUUAUAAGGUUUUAUUGGACUGGUCUCGUGAUAGGGAUUAAGUCCAGAGUCAAAUGUUAUAGCUACAGUAUGUACAAAACAAAUAAUUAAUAGUAUCAUGUUAAAGUACAGCUUAAGGUGUUUCAUUUGAAUGGCUACACUGUAGGAUGUCAUCUACAGACUCAGAAGUUAGAGCAACUCACAAAACAGACAGUGCUAUGUGAAAGUACUGCCAGAGGUUCUAUUUUAAAAAAGGCCACAUGACAGAAUUUCAUCCUCAAACUCAAAAGUUACACAAAAAAGGAUGUAACC